UUCCUUAAAGAAGAAAGCAUCCUGCGUGAGAGAAUGGGAGAAACAUUCUGCACAAGCAUGGAAAAGUUUUGUUUGUACAUGCGCAUAGCUAAUGAAAGGAAUUUCAGGAAGAAAAAAAAACCCUCGUGAGUUACCGCGUGAGUUCCCGCGAGGAUAUUCGUAUUAGACAAGGCUGCACGCUGAAGACAUUUCGGUGAGUUGUGCUCGGGAGUUCACCGUGGCAGGACGCAUCACGGACAGCUAGCCACGCAGCCCCCAUAUAUAUAUACACACAUACAAGUACACACACACAUACACUAGAACACAAACACCCGAUAUUGGGCAUUAAAGGCUUUGGGAGCAAACUGUACCAGUGCGUCAUGUGUUAGCAAAACAGAAAAAAACAAAAGCAUUUGCAAUUGAAUCCGAAGCAUGAACUUGACAACACUCGCAAGGGAACUGAGGGACAAGAAGUCAUAAAAAAAACACACAUGAGCAGUCUCUAAUGAUCGAAAUCAUUGUCGAACGGCAACACACGUUCAUUAGUGCAAACGAAAGAACGCAAGUAGAGUGAGUGAUAAAAAUAAAUAUUACACUCACCCCAACCCGCCCCCAAAAAAAACACCCUCCCCCUCACCUGUUUUAUGACAACCAUUUUCUACCAUUUGCGACAAACAAACUACCGUGCGUCUCCAUCUCGGCGGUUUUUGCUUGCCACCAGAUCGUGAUUUUCCCAUGCGCUAGAAGAUUGAAACUUCUCACCGCGAUUCGCCCAAACAAAUCGCGUUGCUGUACGAGUAAUAUUCGAAAUAAAACGGUGUCACAUUUUAUUACCGACCCUGUGCCGUGUGAUCGUGUUUGCUUUUUGUGUGCGGUUUGUUUUUGGGGUUACUUUUUCGUCCGUGCGUGUAUAAAGUGCGAUUUAAUGAAGAUCAGCGUCACCAGCUCGUGAUCGUGGUUGUUUUUUGGUUCAAAGUAAAUUCUUACCCAGUCCACGGUUGUUGGCGUAAGGUCAAUCAGUUCAGUUCAGUGACGGGGAGAAGGAGAAGAAGUCAGAAAACAAAGCAAUCAAAAUUGCACGCAAACUCAUCAUGGCCUUACAGAAGAAAUUCUCCACCAACGAUAUGGAGCUGAUAUCGAUCAGCAAAGUUAAUAAUAAUGGUGGCGGUAGCGGUCCACCGAGUGCGACCACCGAUCCGAACGGGAAUGGGCUGGCAAGCAUAAUGAGCGUCGGUGGCUGUGGUGGUGGCGGCAGUAACAACAACAGUGUGAAAAUGCCAUCCAAAAAGAUUCAGUUCAGUAAUCCCGAGUUUAGCAUUACACCGAUCGAAACGCUACCCGGAAGUACGGUACGGCCAGCACCGAGUCGUCGAAGGGAGGAAGCGAUCGUGAUGGCAAACCUCCGGAAACGUGUAGCAGCUUGCGAUUUGAAUAAAAAUGUACGCAAGCAAACUGGAGCUGGUGCAGGGAGUAGUGGUGGUGGUGGAAAUUUGGACGACAUCAGCAUCAACGAUACCGGACAAACGCAGGACGCCCUAGACAACCGUCCCCUGCUGCCCAAAUCCACACCGACCGAACAACGAAAGGAACGAUCGGGUGCGAAGGCGAACGGUACGGAAGCGACUGCCAGUGGAGGUGGUGGUGAAGAUUCACCCAAGGUGAAGAUUGUCAUGGACAAGGAGUUUAUCUUCGAGUGUCUCUGCUGGCACAACGAGUAUCGGAUGCGACACGGUGCACCGGCACUAAGCGUUUCGUCAGAGCUGUGUGAGUACGCGAAACAGUGGGCAAACCAUCUGGCAAGUACCAAUGAGCUGUACUACCAGAUCGGUACAAACUACGGACAGAACAUCUUCUGCUGUCCAGCGAAUAGUUUGCUGACGGAUCUUUCUGGUCAAGAAGUUGCCACAUACUGGUACAGCACCAGCCGACGGUACGACUACUUCAAAGAGCCCCAUCUACUCCACACGAACGUCAACACCGGUCACUUCUCGCAGAUGGUGUGGCGUGCCAGCCGCUACUUCGGCGUCAGCAAAUCCAUCUCCAAAACGGGCAAACUGUUCGUGGUCGCCUACUACUACCCGGCCGGUAACGUAAUGGGUGAGUUCCGGCAGAAUGUUCUGCCACCGAUCGUCACCAACGAUCAGGAGGGUAGCCAACAGGCAUCGCACCACCUCUCCCGACCGCCAUCCGCCAAGGAUCUGGAGAAUCUGAGCGCUUCCCACUGAGUAAAUAAGAAACGGUGUUCCAUUAUGUAACAGAUAACGCACUUCCUGAGCAAAGCGCUAGCCGAGUGGAUGAAGUCGGUCAAGGUGUGGCGGGGCGGUGGGGCCAGUGGAUAACGUAACGGUUUUCCAUAGUGCCCCCGGGUGCCCAUUUUGCCAGCGCCGGCUAGAACACGAUGCUAAUGAAGCUCUUCUGCAGCAGCAGCAGCAGCAGUAUCGCUUUUUUCCUACGCGCUACGACUACUUCCAAGACUUAUUUUCUACAAGAUUUGAAUGCAUUUUCCGAUCCGACUGUGAUCUUCUUGAGAUCCGAGCUUAUUGCAAACGUAUUGCUGCUGGCAAGAUAUGGAGCAGUUCCAUCUGAGCCUGCUGCUUCCACACAACAGCGUCUUCCGUGAUUGAUAUACAUGCGUAUUCUUCCAGGAAACUGUUGAAUUGAAAUGUUGACGACGAACGCAAACUUCGUAUUCGAAUAGAUUUUCCAGCGAACAACGGUAAAAUUUGUUGAAGAAAUGUAACGAAAGCUAAAAGCUAGUUCCAAGAAUUAUAAAGUACAACAGCUAUCUUCCAGUAACGCCGCUUCUAAGCUUCACAGCAAAAGAGGCAUCAUCUAGUUGACAUAUUUCCAUAUAAGCUGGAAUGAAGGUUUAAAUACGGUCUUUACAAGGUGAUCUUGUUCUGCAAAUUGCAAGCUAUUGGAAAGCACUUACAUAAAUGUACGCCUGAAAGCAUGCAAUGAGCAUGACAAAAUCACUGUUUUGAGCUCUAUUCCAAACCUUACGUUUUUAAACAACUUAGAAGGAAGGGAAAAAUAUCCGGAAGUUCGUAAGGGAAAAACUCAUUUUUGAAGACGUUUUUUUUCAGAAAAAAAUGCUUCACUGGGAAAAUGCUGAAUUAGCUAGCAUAGGAUGAAACGUUCGAUAGAGCUUUCGAGUGGGUAGAAAAGCGAAACCUAUAGUCCUAUUACCUAGAAGAUGUUGCUUCCAGUAUGGUGCUUCCGAAUUGUUCCCAAUCAAAACCUAGAUCCGGACACCGGUGAGAAUGACGCGCGUCAAUGUCUAGCUUAUGAAAAAACAACAAACGAACAAAAAAACAACCUCACAAACCAAGAACACCACACAGUGGUUUUGUGUUGGUGAUGCUUGCUCUAUAGUUCGCCUGCUAACGCUUACUAAAACCGGGCUUUUUACUGUGUGCAUUACAUAUUACGAGAAAGCAAUUGGACACCGUUUUGAAAUCGAAUCGAAAACCCCUAUAAUAAAAGAAAACCCCCGUUUAGAGUGUAAACUAUAGCGUUGAGAAUUAGCUAAGGAACGAGAACGAAAGCCGGCCGGCAGCUAACGUGAAUGAGUGUUUUUGUGUGAAUUGUUGAUACAUUUGUACGAGCGGAGGCGUGUAAGGUAGUAGUUAAGGUUAUAGAAUUAAUCAAAACGAAGCGAAAGUUUAUGUUACCAAAAACGGUAGGAGAUAUUUAUAGAAAAUCUUACCGUCACAGGGAGAGUGAGAGAGCCAGAGAAAGAGAGAGCAAAAAAAAUAGGAAAGCGAAAAUUCAACGAACAUAAUGAUCUUAAUGCUAGGAUUUAUUACUGAAACCGACGAGUGAUCGUUAACCGUGAUAAGAGGUCGUCUAAUUAAGGCUACAGAAUGGGAAGAACUUACUCUUUUAGCACGUGUUCAGGUCGCAAAAAAAGAGGGACAUCCUAUUAAAACUCCGUACGUCAUCGUCUGCAGAAAACGUCGCCCUUUUCUUACACGUCCAUCCAUGGUUUUUCUUUCUCCCGGCUCAAGACUUUUUGAAAUCAAUUCCGCCGCAUGAUCGGUAUGAGUUGUAUUGCUGCUGAAGUGCGAUGUUGGACACGAAAUCAUGGAGUUUCACUCUCGAGGUGUCAUUAAUUAUUCUUAUAAUUAACAUAAAUUCAUUAAAAACACCAACAAACGCAGGGAGUGGAAGAGACGGUUAAGGGUGAAGCGGCAAAGUGAGAGGGGAAAAAACACCGCACACAAACAGUCAGGUACGUAUUUCGACAUUAAACAUCAAGCAUCAGGUUUGGGUCAACGGCACAGCAAGAAGGCCUCACUCAUCGCUUUCUUACACCUCCGAAACUUCGUCCACCCAUCCACGCAAGUCGGAAAAGCGACCCUUUUGUGAGGACUCGUCAUCCGGCACUGUGCAAAACAAAACGGGCCUCCCCCCUUAAACAAUUCGGAACUUUUCAAGGGUAAUUAAUAUUUUCCUACGCUACCUUUUGCAUAAAGCAUUCGGUGGCAUUCAAGCGUUCACUCUGCGCGUGUUUCCCGCAACGAGUGAGAACAGGCGAUGAAAUCAAGGUGUGGAAAAAUUCGUACACAUUCGGUGUUGGAUCGAGUGGAAUUUCUUGACGCAGUCCUUGUCGUUCCUCGGCUGUCCUGUGUGGAAUGAUUUACGAACGAUGUGUGUCUGCACCAAGAUGGGAACAACCACAUUUGCGACAUAGCGUGUUAAUUGGUGCUUUUCCCAACUGUCAAUCUUGCGCUCGAACGUGAUAUGGUGGACAUCUGGGUUGCGGUUUCCUUUUUCUUAUCUACGCUUUCAUCACUUUUGUCGCUGAUAAAUUAAAACAUACAACAAAGUUAUCAUGAACUGUGAGUUCGAAAACCUCUUCACGUCAUUGUUGGUGAACACUUUACUAAAGAGAAAAACAAAACAUACAAACACUACAAACUAAUGGCGCAAUAACGAAGUUUCUAACAAUUAACCAACUUCAACAGCAUAAUGAGGAUGCAAAAUAUUACCACGAAUCCUUUUGUUUGCUGUGUGGCGCGGUGAUUGAUGAUGCUGAUGCGCGAUAGCAAAAGCUGCUUAUAAAAUUAAGCAUGAAUAAAUGAUGAAGCUCUUUAAGAUGCACGCUGCCUUAAAUUGAUAAAGCAGAAGCGCACAAUGUUUAUACAUUGUGUAAAAAUGUCAUAUUUUGUUGAUUUUAUGGUACUUCAAAAUUUAUGACCAAACAGGUUUUGAGAUUCUUCUAAAUUAAUAUAAUCUGUCUCUGUCGAUGUUUUCCUAAAUAUAUUCCUUAUCUAUUCUCCGCUUUCUUUCCGGUGGAAAAAGAGCAAAUAAAUAUUUGUGUUAAAAGUAAAAAAAGUAUUUACUUACUGGGCUGCAACAACGCCUAAAGUUAUGCAAUCUGUCCUACGUUAUCCUUUUAAUUAUUUUAGAUAAAGAGCUUUUCAAUGGGUUAUAUUGCAUUUUUCUCUUCAAAAGGUGCUGAAAUCCUUUUUUAAAGCACAAUCAUAUAAAAUAAAAUGAAUAGUUUAUAGAUGUGUUUUUCAUAAUUCAUUGUUAUUCAACAUUAAUUAUGAAACGUACCGUUUCCAAUCUGAGCUGAGCUCCAAUAUCGAAACCUUCCCCAAUAGGGUAGCUUCAUUAAAAUUCACUCAAACCGAGAUUGAAAUCCAAUCCGAACAAUUCAAAACACACACACACACGGUCCUCCCACUUGCUGGCCACCGAAUCGAUUCUUAUCGUGCAAAAAGCUGCAUAAGAACGGGGUACGUUUAAAUUUAUUUUGCUCACGUUUAAAACCAACUGCUUCGAAGGUCAUCCGAUAUCCUACUACUACCUCAUCCUUUCUUCCUGUGGAUUUCAGCUGCGGAAAUGCGGACAAAUCCGAUUCCGAGCUUAGACCUAAUUCGGAAAAUUCCACCACAGUUAGGUAGGAAAGUGGUGUUCGAUUUUCCACACCGAUUCCGCCGUUUGUGCUGCACACGAUCCACGUGAUCGGGAUAGAGCAAAAUGGAAAUUGAUUUUGCAUGAGCUUCGGGAAAUGCGAGAUUCGUUUCGUUUUUUUCUCUCUCCAACCGAACGAUAAUUCCCAACCGAUGGCAUUUGGUGUGAGCGCUAGGUGGGAAAAGACUUUUUCUAAACAAGCUUUUCUCUGCCAGCUGCUACCGUGCUGAAACAGAGUGAAGUGAAACGUUAUGACUGUGCCGCACUUUAUCAUCCACUUUUAAACGUACUGUGGUUCAUUUGGCGUGAUAGUUUUAGUGUACCUUCCAUUUUAUUACGUUUCAGCACGUUUCACCAUCGAUCGGAAAGAAAGCACAAUGUAUCCCGUAGCAUAACAGCGUAGCGCACAAUAAACUUUAACGCUCCCUUCAAACUGAAGCCCAUGUUUCUCCUGUCUGAAUGCUGGUGGCUCAUUCACAUGCACGAAAAAGAAACCAAAAUCCGUUGCCCGGUAAGCGGUGCAAACGACACGAGCUGACAAUGGAUUCGGUUCGACAACAAUUGCAGCAUCCCGUUCGUGCCCUGAAGGGCUAACCCACAUCACACAUCAUCGGCGCAGUUGUGCAUUUUAUCGUUUGCGGGAAAGAUGAAGUAUUAAACGAGAGGGCAGAAAUAAAGGGAACCGCUGGUUUUUUUUUGCUCCCUCCCAUUCAUUGGCGCUAUUGUGUGCUAUUGUAUGUUUUGUCACCAUUCGGCACCUCCAACCAUACCCUUUGCUUUUGCCGUUUGUCUAGAUUGAAAACAUACUAACCAGAUUCCCUGGAGUCUCGGUUAUUCCCGGAACAAUUCAAGCGAGAAAAUGGAAAAUGCCGAUUAAUUGCUUUUCUAUGUUGUUGCAACUGUGUGCACCAGCUGGAAAAGGGUGGAAGGUGAAGAGAGAGGGAGCAAUAUAGGAAAGUGAUGGAAAUUUCGCAUACGGUUCGUUUAUGUAUCCUGCCGUCAAAAGGAAAAUUGCUAUCGUGUCCUAUUGGACACCCAUUCACCCCGUGACAGAAUGACAAAGUGUCAGAUAAAUAAUUAGGUUUGUAUAAUUUACGGUCACCAUUUUUUUUCUUCUCUACCGUCAGCGCUAUGCCACAGGCUACGGGAAAUUGCAAUAAUCCUUUAAACAAUUAGUACUAUCAAAUAAACCAAUUAAGGUCUGUGGUACAGAAAGAGAUGAAAAUAUACUUUCUGAAAUAUUAAUUGUAUUUUUUAUAUUUCAUCAGCAUGUUGAUUUCCAGUCGGGUUUUAUACCAAUGAAAGUGAUUAUUUUAAUUUAAAUGAAUUUAUGAACGUUUUUCUGCUUCUCCAUUGUUUCAUGUUAAUUAUUACCGUUUUUGUCUCCAUUAUAUUUGUUUAAUUAUUGCUUUUAGAACUGUUGUUGGUACUAAAAACUAUUUACUACUAAAUAGUUAGGUACUAAAAAUUAUUUGAAAAAAUUUUGAAUAUGAAUUUUAUUAAACUUAAUCACCAAUUACUGUUAUUAUUUUUUUAUUUAUUCAUAAAUACUACGAGACGAACUUGUUUAUAUAAUUUCGGAAAAAUAUUAUAUUAUUAUUAUAUUAUAUUAUUAUAAUAAAAAUAUUAUUUUUAGCAAAAGUAUAUAAAGUAAAAAAUCAGCGUUGGUAUUACAUUUUUUGUCUGUUGCUUGUUAGUGUCCGUUGUAUCGUCAAACGGGAAAAAUUACCACCAUUGAUCACCACGAAACAUUAAUAACGGACAAUGUUACGCUGGUUCAAACAUGCGUGAAAAAACAACAAAAAUAUUAUAAAUUAUUGCUACACCAGUUUUUCAUACGUGAAAAGCGACGGUUUGUUUGUUUUUCGCAUAUUGUUGCAAAUUUAUGUUUGUUUUGCAGAUGGCAGAGAAUUGUUUCUCAUUGCGAUACAACUAACGGCAUUAUGGGUUUUUUUUAUUUAAUUUAAUAAAAACAGUACUUCAAAAAAGUUCAUUAUAUUUAUGAACACGAGAAAAGCAUGAACAUUCGCCCUGGCAAUAGCAAUCCAAGGACAAUUAACGUUACAGCGCACGCUUUACGCGGUACUGGGCGUCUCCAUUCCAGCUCGCAAAUGGGAAAUUGGUUCGAACUGGGAAUAAGCGUACACACCACAUGGUUGUGCAUGCGGAAAACAAUCAUCCCUACAUACAAUACACAAACAACAGCUAGUGGCCCGGAAUGAGUGGCUUCGAACAAAUAAUAAUAAUUUCCAUCCACUUUCAUCAACCCCUUUUCUCAUCAUGCGUCGCGUAAUCACAUCGGAACACGCUUUCCGUUUUGCAGCGCGUCGUGGAUUGGAUUCUGCAAAUGCCGCAGCCAAACGAAUGAAACGAACACGCUUGUUGAAAGCACCGCCGAAACAAUCACCAAAGAAAAUUAAAUUAAAUACUACCAAGGAUUCAUCCACCCCCAAACCAUUCGAAGCUUCCGCCUUGCGGUUCGAACUUACCAAAACCGAAGAAAGUUGGCCGUUUCGAAAACGGAUCCUAGCGUAUUGCUGUGGAGAAGAGAGGCAGAUCAGCAUUGAAGGUUACUCGUGGUGAGCCACUGCUUCGUUCCGAUCUUUUUUGUGCUAGCGUAAGGUUAUCCACCCCUCACGGAAGUUUCAGCCAAGCGGGGACGAUUUGUGAUUAAGCAUAACUUUUCGUUUUUACUGCACGGGGGAUGGGGUGCCAACGUGAUCCGAAGGAAAGAGAGAAAUAGAGGGAGAGAGAGGUGAAGAUGAAAAUUGUGCGAAAAACAACAGUUUGCUUUUGCGGUCGAGGUUGGACAAAUUGUGGUGUCCAGCUGUAAGCAUCGGGUACAUCGUGCGAAACGGGAAAUUGAUUUGGUAAUUUCAUUAAUCACUCACUUGGGUUAUUACGCGCGCGCACUGUGGUGGCGAUUAUUGCGCGAAACUCGAGCUGAAAUGGAAGGAGAAUUGCGUUGGAAAUUAUUGCAAUUGUUUAUGGCAGUUUAUGUUUAUUGUUUCAAACCAUUGUAAUUUAGUUGUGCUAAUAUUCUUUUCUUCCGGUUCAAUGUUUAUGACAGUAGUUUAUGGAAAAAAUCAAUAAUAAUAAAAAAGUUUAUUUACGUUCUUUUUUGAUGAUAGAGUUUUCUUUAGCACAGUAUUGUUUAAAAAACUUGAGAUUUUUGACGAUUUUGUGCAACAUAUGAAUGUUUGCUACAUUUUCAAAAUAAUAUUCCGUUAGCCGGUAUUUAUGUUUGCUAAUUUCUAAAGGAAACAUAUUGUUGAAAGGCUUAGUACUGAGAUUAAAAUUAAAGUGAUUUUAAACUUGUUAAAUCAUCGCCUCAAUAUAAUUCUAGAUUCUUUGCGACGUAUCGCAUACUAUCCUUACUAUCUCAUGAAGUGAUAUUUGUUUUCGAAAUGACAUGAGACGAAGCGAGAAAUUAAUGUUGUUCUGAAGCUAUGCUGAUGACUGCUACAAAUAAAACCGACAUUAGCGGUAGUGUGGCAAAUUUUUUCGGGGAUUCCAGUUUGUUUUUUAUAACUAUCGGGCAUAUCGGAAAAAUGUAUGUUGCUAGGCCUCUAAUGUGUUUACCCAUGACCAGUGAGUAUCAUGAUGGUAUCAUCAUCAACCACCAACAACUGCCAAGCACUUCUGCAACAAACGAUUGAACCAUGAUGCUCUAGAAACAGGGCUAACUAAAUUGCACUAUAAGUUUUUCACGCAACUCCAAAUCGUUGCCAGAAGAUUUAAGACAUGUUAUGUAUUAACCUUAGUGUGAAUAUUAGCGCUCAACUAAUUGUUUCCUUUAAAAGCUUAAAAGAAAGUUAAAAUAUAACACCGUGGUGACGCACUUAAUCAGUUCAUGGUUGAGCGGUUCCGUCUUCCGAUUCGACAUCUCUGCCUUUCUGGCGACAUCAACGUCAUUGAUCCAUCUCAGUUUGAUAACAAUACGCCUUCUUUGCGGACGACUUGAAAGUACUUUACUGGAACGUCCGGUGCCAAUUGAAUGACAUGACCAGCCCACCAGACCCUGGUAAAUCUAAUCUGCUUCAUCGUACAACUCAUACAGCUUGUCGUUGCAGCAACUCCUACAUUGCCCUUCCAAAAAUCCUUCUGAUCGUUUUCCAAUUUAAUACGACCAAAAGGGUUUCAUCAGUUUUGGACAAUGUCCAUGUCUCCUAAGCGUAUGUUAGUACUGGGAUUAUAAUAGUUUUAUAUAAACCCAGCUUUGAUCGUCGGAACAGCCGCCAUCAAUUUAGUUUUUGCCUCGUUAAACACCAACCGGAGGAGUUCUGCCGAUUGCUCGAUCCUUUGGUAGACGUCCUCCACAUAGGAGAGCCGUAAAACAAUAAUAUCUACAACGUCUACCAGGAUCCGGAUUAACUCCAAAGUUUCUACCUCUGAGUCGUGGAUUGCCAUAUCUAGCGCUAGGUUGAAGAGUACACAAGACAGCCCAUCUCGUUGGUGCAGACCCUCGCUGACAGCAAAGAUUGUAUAUCAUGCGCAUAUUUCAGGCAACUUAAGGGAGAACUUGAUAUACAUCAUUCAGGUAUAACAGGAAUAGUAAAAAUCCCAAGUUACUUUCCUGAGGGACUAAAGAACUGGUUAGAUAAGCAUAUACCAUACAUUACUUGGAAUAUUCAGUCGAUAAGGCAACAAUGAGGCCGAGGCUUUUAAAACUUCUCAAAUAUGAAGGACACUUUUAAACCGCAAUGCACUCUGGUCCAUUUUAAGUUUACACUCCAUGUUGCUCUCGAAUGAUGGAAUGAGUCAUCAGUCAGCAAUGUUUGCUCUUUAAAGUGAGCUAUAUUUUAUGUGUUCUAGUACUUACCACAAAAAUUUUCCGCAAUGUUUCUUGUUGGCUAUUGUACUUUAUUUAUUUUAUCUGAAACGAGUAUAUAACAGAAUAGAGAAAUUGUGUUCCAUUGCAAAGAAAUCAGCUUUUGUAUUGGACAGUAUGGAUCGAUCAAAUGUUAGCAUAUUUGAAUCUUAUUUCAGUUUAAACUCUAGUAUAUAUUUUGUAUGAAAAUAAUUCAUUUAAAACAUUCUAAGAGUUUUAAGAGCUUCAGUUGCUGUUUAACAAUAUUCUCGUAUACUUUAAUUUCCAACCAGUAAUUCGAACCAGUAACUGAUCAUGUUAAAUAUUUUUUUAAACGGAGAAUUCAUUCGUUUUACUUUAAUACUUUGUUAGUGAUGUACAAAAAGUCUUAUUCCCACCAAAGCAGUAAUCUUCGUGUAAAACGCACGAUUGACGAUACAUCCAUAAAGCAUGUGAAAACACACAAAACGCCACAUCCUACCAAAAUCACGGUACAUUUCCCUUGUAACCGAUACAUGGGAAAUUUUUCAGCUUCACGCCCGUUGACAGCCCGCUGGGUAUUGGUUCGAUACGUCGUGCACAAAUUGUUACAAAUUACCGUCCCCCGUGGUGACCACAGAAGGGAAAACAUUACAUCUGGGUAUCACCACGUGCACUCCUUCUCCUCCUAAAUUGUUACCCCUUCUGUGUAAACCGGAUAUGCGAACGGAACGCCGAAUACUUGAUGAGUUUGGCCCGAGCCGCCAUUUGUUGUCGCCGUGAAUAAUACGAGCGCAUUCAGAGGUUUCUAUUCCGCUCACAUACGCAAUGUAGCAAGCAUCACAAGUAUGAAUUCUUCGCGGCACACAACUCCCAGUGGAGUAAAAGUUGAAAUAAAAACAAAAAUAUUAAACGUCUUUCUCUUCACUUCACUUGCGUGUGUUUCCCCCUUACUUUCCUCUUCCAUGGUAAAUGUUAAAGAAUACGGCUCACAGGAGCACAUCGAAGGUCUCAAUUAUUUAUCCGACGAAAGAUUUCAUCGUCGAGGGAAAACUGAAAAAAGUGCAAAACACGAGACGAGAAUUUUUCCAACUCCAAAUGCGAAGGACAAUGGAAAUAAAGCAGUUGGAAAACAAAAAACUUGUUGAAUUUUUUAUCACGCUCCCAUAGGCGGGUAUGGAUAUGAAUCUUUGCAGCAUGGGAACAACGAGUUUUCCCACACGAGCCACGAGAACAUGGCACAAAAAGAAUAUCGAUGAAAAUGAUGAUAACGUGUCGCGCUUUCAUUGAGCGAACCGAUCACAUCCUUCCUCGCUCAUUUUUUUUUCCUACUGCAAGAAAAGCUAAAAGCUGGUGACCCGCAAGGAACGAUUGGGAGGUGUUGUAAAAAAUGGACCACUUUUGAAUUGAACCCCAUUUCCGACCGGUGGCACUAAGAUGCUGGGUAGAGAAAGAGAAAGAAAGAGAGUAAAACAAGGCGACAAAUUCAUGGCUGUAACGAACGAACGGUUCGUGCGAGUAGUUUUCCAUACCAAUGAGUGGAAAGACUGGUGAAUUUAUGUUUCUUUUAUUUGUUUUUCACCAUUGAGAGGUUCAUUGUGCAAAAUGUGUGUGGAAAUAAGCAUUACCCAUGGAGGAAUCGUCUUCAACGUAAUAUCCCUUCAGAACAAGCAUACUUCAAGCUAAAAUGGCCCAAUUGGAUAAAAAUGAUAAUGAAGUUUUCUUAGGCUAUUUAUUUUUCUCAUCAUCAUUUCACCUUGAAAAAAUCCUUGAAUAAUAACGGAAGGAUUGUGUUAAACAGUUUGUGUAAGAAAAAAAUUUUAGUAACAGCUUAAAGUUGUAUGGCGAAACUUUAUUUCGACAUUACUUAUAGCAUUUGUUUUUCAUUUAAUUUUAUAAUUAUUUAUUACUCAUUGUUUUCAUGCUCUAAUUUUCUGUGACAGUCACUACCAAGUAGUAUAUUUAAAUGGAAAAAUAUUUUUUUAGAACUUUCAAAUUAAGUAAAUUAAUCUGAUAAAAUCAUGCCAAAUCAUCGUUAAAUAAAUGGUUGAAAUAUUUGCUUUCAAUUGUUUUUGAAAGUUAAUGACUAAUCUUACGUUUUUAUACAAAUAUGUUUCAAUAUUUAUCUUACUUCUUAUAUUUUUCCAGUGAUUUACGUUUUAUUCUCCUAAAUAGCCUUUUAAAAUAAUUUCUUUAAUAAAGAUCAUCUUCAAAAUUGUGCUCCCUAUCUUAUUUUUAUGUUCAUCCUUUCAGGGACAAUCAGAAUUAUUACGAAAAGAAAAAGAGAAGUUACUUCCCUAGAGCCUCCUUCAUACGACGACUGAGUCUGAACAUUUGAUGCAGAGUAAUUCAAGACAUUCAAAGCUUAUGAGCAUUAUACUGCAACAAAAACUUCUACAAUCGAACCACUGAGAGCUUUCGAAAGUGAAAUAAAAAGUCCCAAUACGAAUGAACAAUUUCCAGUUUUCACAACAACAACAAAUUAAACAAAACCAGAUCAUAUGUCUAAUCAUAAUAAAUGUAAUUGCUUCUAUCCCCCCCAAAAAAUAUAGAAUAAUCCAAUCAUAAACCAUGAGUCGAUUGAAUUGUGUAUUAAACUAAGACAAAUCUUUAACUUGCUAACUACUGGCGCUAAAUGGUUCGAAGUAAUGCUAUCAGAUAUAAAAUUAUAAAUGGAUAUUCGAAGCUUUUGGGUUAGUAAAAGUGAAGCAGAAGUAAAAAAAGAGCAACAAAAAAUGAAAGAGAUACUUCUAGUUACAUACGAAAAGAGCUGUAAACUUGCCAAGCCCAAUGCAAUCAAAAACCAAACCGUAUAAAUGCACAUAGAAAACCAUACACUCCUUUACAUGGCCUUACAAUGCCUAAAAUCAUGCCAUAAAACAACCGAAAAGCGGAUCAUUCACAAAAGCAAAAAAAAAGAAAUUCAACCACAAAUUGACAAAAUCCCUUAGUGUAGUAAGAACCGAAGUUUGGCAACCAAAAGACAGUGUAGAUACACAGCAAGCAAUGAAAGCGUCUAAAAAUCAUCGUUGUCGAUAAAUGCUGAAAAACAAGUUCCGUACCGGGUAGUGUAAUUGAAGGAAAGAAUCAACCAAAAAAAAAACCGAAUCGUCGCUCACCUCAUCACAUAAAGGAAACAGCACAUCCUGGAUGUUCGAGGUUAUAAGCAGCGCACGAUAGAUAUUAUCGUUACGUCGAAUGAGAAGAACUUUUUAUGACUAUUAUUAUUAUGAUUAUUACUCAAACUAGCGGCUAGGUUAAACGAAAUCAAACAAAUAAAACUUCCCCAUUUGUUAACGCGCCGAAUGGAUGAUUGGCAUGAACAUAUACGCACCAUACACACAGGCGCUUAAGUUAAUGUAGCGAUGUUAAGCAAAGUUUUUAUGCAUGUUUUAUAAUGCCAUUUGUUAAAUAAAAAGAAACAACAUUGUAUCGAUAAUUAGUGUGAAGUUGGGUGUAAAUAAUGCUUACAGUGAUGGUUCCCAUUCUCUUUUGCUCAGAGCGAGAGAACCAGUAGUUACAGUAAUGAUGUCAUUCGAUGAUUGUUACAAAUGAAAUUGUGAUAGUUGUAAAUGUGUAAUGUGCUUGUUUGAUUCUUAUUUUUUAUAGAAAACAAAAGGAGAAGUAUAGUUCAACUAACCACAUGAUAGAUAUGCAACACACCCAAAAAAAGCUAAAUCAAAACUGAUAAAUAGAUGUAAUCGAAGGGGAAGAAACAUAAAAAGAAACAACAGUUGUAAAUACGAACAAACGUAUGCAACGAAGCUAGAGCAGCUAGUCAAACGCAAUGUAUACAAUGAAAGUUACAAAAUGGCACUGUUGUUAUGAUAAUAAAACUAUAAUUACAACUUAAAUAGGGCUCGUCGAUACGGACAAAAACAAGGAAACAGCAAGAAGCUAACAGAGCGAAGAAUGCAAAAAGCAAGCAAGAAAUAGUGAUGUUGGAACUGAAAAGUGAAAGAAAUAUUACUUAUGAAAAGCAACAUAAAAAUAAACAAAUGAAAAACGAUGAACAAAUAUAUAUAUGAAACAAAACAAAAACCAAAAGAAACAAGCUAAGAAACUAGAAACUAGAACAAAGCUGAAAAUUAAGCUUAAAACACCAUUAAAAAUAAACAUGAAAAAUCAUGUUAUGCUUCACAGCAGUGCAAGUGAAACGAAAAACAGAACGAAAAAAAACCCAUUCACAAGAACCGUUUAGGCGUCGUCAUCGGCAUAAAAAGCGUCCCGAAAGAGUGAGAAAUUAACAUCGGUCGCGCAUCAUAAGGCAGAUCCAAAAUCGGUCAAAAGUACGUUAAUAAAAUGACAUUAUUUACUUACAAA